AUGCAGAGUUUCUGUGAGUGUGUGCCCAGCUCCUCCCAGCUCAAACACCGCUGGUCAGGCUCUGACACGGCCAGAGAAACACCGGCCAAGCGGAUGAGCUGCAGCUACCUGCUCUGCACCAUCCUGCUGUUUGUGGCCGUGCUGCUGGCCGUCACCGUCACCGGCACCAUCCUCUUCAUGAACCACUACCAGGCCCCGCCCAUGUCCGACGGCAUGCCGCACAUCUCCACCAAUCAGGAGGAAGGAAACGCCCUGGUCACUAUCGAGAGGGGCGACGGGUCACGCAUCAACAUCUUCAUUGACCCCAACUGCCCCGACUACAACAGUAACUUCCUGCGUCUGGAGGGAGUUCAGACCUCGCUGCUCCACUCGCUGACGGAUCACGACUCGGACCUGAAGUCUGUGAAGGGCCAGGACCGGGCUCUGCUGGUCAGCCUGGCGGAGGAGGUGGCCAAGCUGUCGGCACACGCGGGGCAGUUAAAAAUGGAUUACGAGUCUCUGAGGAGGGGGCAGAGCAGCCUGGGACAAGACAUCAGCACUCUGCAGACGGAGCAGGGGCGGCUCAUACAGAAGUACCACUGUAAGUACCACUGUAAGUACCACCGUAAGUACCACCGUAAGUACCACCGUAAGUACCACCGUAAGUACCACCGUAAGUACCACCGUAAGUACCACCGUAAGUACCACCGUAAGUACCACUGUAAGUACCACCGUAAGUACCACCGUAAGUACCACCGUAAGUACCACCGUAAGUACCCCUGUAAGUACCACCGUAAGUACCACCGUAAGUACCACCGUAAGUACCACCGUAAGUACCACCGUAAGUACCACUGUAAGUACCACUGUAAGUACCACCGUAAGUACCACCGUAAGUACCACCGUAAGUACCACCGUAAGUACCACUGUAAGUACCACUGUAAGUACCACCGUAAGUACCACCGUAAGUACCACCGUAAGUACCACCGUAAGUACCACCGUAAGUACCUAGAAGUACCACUGUAA